GUGUGUGUGUGUAUGUGUGUGUGUGUGUAGGUGUGUGUGUGUGUGUUAUACUAAAUAUAUCAAUUUUCCCAUUUAAAUUCAGUGACAGUUUAUACUUCUAAUAAUAUUUAGUUUAUAGAAUUGUUCUUUGAUAGUUUUUGUUAGUAAAAGUUUGUGUAAUCGAUGCAGUUUGCUUUCACUGAUACGUUUUAGUCUCGUGUGUCAUUAAUGAUAUUCAUUUAAAUUAAUAUUCAUGACCUUUGCAGCUUGAUCACUGAUACUACAGUUAUUUCUUUAUUUAUUUGUGUUGUUUUUUGUUUUUUAAGUUGUUUUGGACGGACGUUGUCUCUCUGAGUCGCUGCAGCUGCUCGUUUUCAGUCUGGCGUUUGAAAUAUUUUUAUUGAUUCGUUUAUAAAUUGGACUCGAAGUCUUUACCUUAUUUGACGUGUUCAUUUAUUUUGAUUAAGACGCAUUCCUCGUGUUUAGAUUUGUCAUUUUCACAGAGAUGUGUUGUAUUCGCUGGUCGUCUGUUGUGACGCGUUAGAAAAGAUCUUUAUUUUUUAUUUAUUUUCAGUCAUGCACUCUGUUAUGAUUUGGUUGGAUUUUUUUUAUUAUUAUUUAAACUAAUUCCUUGGAGCAGAUUUAUUAAUUUGUAAAAAAAUUUUAAAUUAGAAAAUCAAAUCAGUUUAUAGUUAUAUUUUUGCUUUAGUAUUUCUAAGAAACUCACUUUUUAUUUCUUUCUCAGUUCAUUCUUUAUAGACUUUAAUCCUGUAGUAGACUGACCUCACAGACGUCUGGUGUCGUGUGUAUUUUAGGAGAAGUUUCUGGAUAUUCACUCUUUAUUUUCUGACCCUUUUCUCCGUCAGACAGCGUUUGAGAGCCGUGUGUGUGUGUGUGUGUGUGUGUGUGUGUGUGUGUGUGUGUGUGUGUGUGUGAGCUGGACUCAGUGUGUUAUGCUGUAAAGUAAAAUAGAUUCUCUGGGAGUGUGAGGACGGAGUGACCUGCUGCUGAGGAGCUGAUCGACUUUUAUUUACAGUUCUAGUGUUCAUACAUCACCUUCAGGAUGAAGACUUUACUCGCAGCAUACUCAGGAGUUAAAAAGGGUUCAGGUUCUUGGUUCCUCUCGGCUCUGCAUGAUUUGCCCUCAGCUCCAUGGCUCUCCAGAUCCAAACUGGUGAAGCAGCUGCAGGCCAUCUCCGUCCUACAGUUCGUCCUCUCCUUCCUCGCUUUGGGCAUUGCUGCCACGGUGCUGCUGCUCUACCUGUUGUGCACAGACUGUUGGGUAAUCUCCGCCGUUUACAUCGCCUGGCUCAUCUUUGACUGGAACACACCUAAACAAGGUGGCCGCAGAUCGGCGUGGGUGAGGAACUGGACCGUCUGGACGUAUUUCAGAGAUUAUUUUCCUGUCACACUCAUCAAGACCCAUAACUUACCUCCCAACCGUAACUACAUCUUCGGUUACCAUCCUCACGGCAUCUUCUGCUUCGGAGCGUUCUGUAAUUUCUCCACGGAGGCCACCGGAUUCUCCAAGAAAUUCCCCGGGAUCAAGCCGUCCCUCGCCACGCUGGCCGGAAACUUCCGCUUACCCCUGCUGAGGGAUUAUUUAAUGUCUGGAGGUAUUUGUCCGGUGAAUCGGAACUCCAUCGAUUACCUCCUGUCCUGUAACGGGACGGGGAACGCAGUAGUCAUCGUGGUGGGCGGAGCUGCUGAGUCUCUCAACUGCACCCCGGGAAUUAACUCCGUCACCCUGAGAAACCGCAAAGGCUUCAUCAAACUCGCACUGCAGAAAGGAGCGGACCUGGUGCCCGUGUACUCGUUCGGGGAGAACGAGUCGUAUAAGCAGGUGAUAUUUGAUGAGGGUUCGAGGUGGCGCUGGGUUCAGAGGAAGCUGCAGAAGCUGCUGGGUUUCGCUCCCUGCAUCUUCCACGGCUGUGGAUUUUUCUUCACCGAGUCGUGGGGCAUCGUCCCGUACGGAAAACCCAUCAACACCGUCGUUGGAGAACCAAUCACAGUGCCCAAGCUCGAGGAGCCGACUCCGGACGUGGUGGAAAUGUACCACACCAUGUACAUCAAAUCUCUCACCACUCUGUUCGAUAAAUACAAGACACGCUUCGGCCUGAAAGAGUCCGACGUCCUCCUCAUCGACUGAAGAAGAAGAAGAAGAAAAAGAAGAAGGUAGUUUUCCUUUUAAAAACAAAAACACCCAAACCCCCAGUGUUUAAUAUUUUCCCAUCACACAAACACACACCACACCACCGAAACCUGAAGCCAUAUAAACGAGGAUCACAGCUGUGUUCCAAUUCUGUCUUAUUCCCUUCUGCUUUGUCACUUCCUCUUGUCCCAAAACCCUCAAACCCUCAAGAACAAGCAUAUUUUCAAGAACCUUUUUUUUUUUUUUGGAAGUUAGAAUAAUAAACUACAGCCUCCUCUCCCCUCCUGCUGUGCCAGUAUCCCACGACCUUGAUUUGCAUAUUGAAACCUGAUUGGCUCUUAUAUUUGAUGAUGUAUUAACUCUCGCUUGCCUUCAGAUUUUUGCGUCAAGAGGUUUGUUGGCAGAAACGGUGCAAAACAGUUAACAUGUUCACACUGAGCAUCUGCACACACAAAUUUAGGGCCUUUCUUAUACCUUAAUCAGCUCCAGUGGUUAUAUAAGUGUUAUCUGAGCGUUAGAUGAGUGUUAUAUGACCGUUAGAUGACCGUUAUAUGAGCGUUAUCUGAGCAUUAGAUGAACUUUAUCUGAGCGUUAUCUGAGCAUUAGAUGAGCGUUAUCUGAGCGUUAUCUGAGCGUUAGAUGAGCAUUAUCUGAGCAUUAGAUAAGCGCUAUCUGAGCUUUAUAUGAGAGUUAUCUAAGCAUUAGAUAAGUGUUAUAUGAGCGUUAGAUGACUAUUAUAUGAGCAUUAUCUGAGCAUUAGAUGAGCUUUAGAUGAGCUUUAUCUGAGCGUUAUCUGAGCGCUAUCUGAGCGUUAGAUGAGCAUUAUCUGAAAAUUAGAUGAGCUUUAGAUGAACGUUAUCUGAGCGUUGUCUGAGCGCUAUCUGAGUGUUAGAUGAGGGUUAUCUGAGCAUUAUCUGAGUGUUAGAUAAGCGAUAUCUGAGCGUUAUAUGAGAGUUAUCUAAGCGUUAUAUGAGCGUUAGAUGACCGUUAUAUGAGCGUUAUCUGAGCAUUAGAUGAGUGUUAUCUGAGCAUUAUCUGAGCGUUAGAUGAGCGAUAUCUGAGCGUUAUAUGAGAGUUAUCUGAGCGUUAUAUGAGUGUUAUAUGAGCAUUAGAUGACCGUUAUAUGAGCGUUAUCUGAGCAUUAGAUGAGUGUUAUCUGAGCAUUAUCUGAGCGUUAGAUAAGCGAUAUCUGAGCGUUAUAUGAGAGUUAUCUGAGCGUUAGAUGAGCAUUUAUCUGAGCAUUAGAUGAGCGUGAUCUGAGCGUUAGUUGAGCGUUAUAUGAGCAUUAGAUUAGCGUUAUCUGAGCGUUAGUUGAGCGUUAUAUGAGUGUUAGAUGAGUGAUUGAGUCACUGUAGACCUGAGAGUGCCUAUGUAGUGCACUCAUAUAAGAAGUAGUGAACUAAAUCCAAAAUAUAAUAUACACUACACAGUGUGCAGAAGUGAAAUAUUCAUGCAGCCUGGUUGGGUGCUCUUUGAUUAGGGGUAGUGUACAAGUUGAAAACGUUAUUGUAACACAGCGAUAAUCAUAUGAAGAUAUGAUACGAUAAUCAAACUGAAGAUCAGGUGUAAAAUGUUUUUGGGGUGAAUUUUUUGUCUCUCUGAUUGUAAAACCAGGUUUAUUUGAUCCCUUAAGUUAUUAGUGUUAUUAUUAUUAUUUUUUUUCAAUGGUCUUUAUGUUUUUGUUUCGUUUUCCGUUUGCACGAGCAAUGCAAUAUAAGAGACAGACACAGCUGUAGACAGAGACACAGACUGGACUGUGUUUGAGCAGGAAACAGGAAGUGAUUGUGGUUAUAAUCAGUGCACACAUAGAAAUGUGAAAUAAACAGAAAGCUGAGAUUCUCUUGUGAAGGGGAAACACAGGGUAAUGUGAAGAUUAUCACCGGCUGAUCGUAUCUGUGUAACGUCUGAAUUAACAUGUUCAUGUGUAAUUGUGUAAUUGUUGAAUAGAGGGUUUAUUGUAUUAUAACGUUCCGCUAAAGUGUUAAUAAAAUAUGCAUCUCAUAUACAUAUAUAUAUAUAUAUAUAUAUAUAUACACACACACACACACACACAGGCUGUGCAGGAAAGUAAAAGAAAGUAUACAAGGAUGCCUUUUGCUGAUUGAUUGUAAUGAGAUCUUCACUAGCUCUAAUAAUGAUUAUAUUUUAUGCUUAAAUGUUAUAAAUAUGUAAAGUGUAAAGUUGAGCAAUUGUUUCUGUGAAUCAGUUGAUUCUCCCGGUUUGUCUGUGUCACUCACACUGAGCUGAUUCUUACAAUCAAACUUUUGUAUGUUUUUGGAAUAAAAAUAAAACAUAUCAAACUGUU